AUGCUCCUCCCCCGCACAAACGAUGCCCUCAAAAUCAACCCACCCCCCGGAUCCCACCACCUCUCCACCGCCGGCUCCGACUGGAUGUGGGCCAUCUGCGGCAUCUACUGCUUCUCUCUCCUCAGUAUCCUAGCGCUCACCUACUUCGCUCGCGCCGGCGAGAAGAUCUUCCAUUACCUUUUUACAGUCUCGUUUUUUAUCGGGUCUGUAGCGUACUUUGCGAUGGCGUCGGAUCUGGGGAGUGUAGCUGUGGAACAGAGGAUGGGUGAUGAUAGGAGUAGGCAGAUUUUUUGGGGGAAGUAUGUUAAUUGGUUCUUAUCUUGGCCACCACUACUCAUAGCCAUUGGACUCACGUCCGGUGUGUCUUGGGCUACCAUCGUCUAUAACAUCCUAUUAUCCUGGAUCUUCGUCGUCAGCUACCUCAUGGGCUCCCUCACGCCUACGGUUUACAAAUGGGGGUUCUUCGUCUUCGGCACCGUCGCACUCCUACUCCUCCAAACCUCACUCUUCCUCAAUGGUCUCCCAACCUCCAAGCGUCUCGGGAUUCACAAACACUAUCUCGCUCUCUCCGGCUGGUUUUCUUUUAUCCUCUUGCUCUAUCCUAUUGCGUGGGGUCUGAACGAUGGCGGCAAUGAGAUCAGUGUUACUUCUGGGGUUAUCUUUAGUGGGAUCUUGGAUGUGCUUACGAUCCCGGUGUUGGCACCGGCGAUGUUGUGGUUGAGUCGCGGGUGGGAUUAUAAGGUGUUGAAUAUUUAUUUUACGCAAUAUGGAAGGGUUGCUGUCCAGGCUGGGGAGUUUCCGGAGAAGACAACGGCGCCUGUUAAUGCUCCUGUUCGAGAGGAAACCCCAGUCGAGGCAGUGUAG